AUGCUCCGCAUCCAAAGGCUGGCCGCCUCCGCAGGGAGCUCGCCACUUCUCCUAAAGAUUUUACCACGCCUCUCCCUCGUUAUCUUGAUUCUUUGUGUUGUCUAUCAGUAUUUUGUAUUCGGCCAGCACGAUCCUUACAGGUGCGGUAGCUUGCUCUCGAGUGGAAGAUGGCGCUCUAGUCAAGACUCGAACUUGCCGAGAGAUAUCUUCAAGAGAUGGGAGCCCGAAGACUGUCGCAUGCGCGAGCUGUCCCGUGAAGAUAUGUCGAGCUGCUUGAGGGACCGUCGCCUAGUGAUUGCCGGCGAUUCGACCAUGCGCCAAAUCUACUUUGCUGCCAUGACCCGGUUGGACCAUCACGUCGCCGAGAAAGCCAUCCUUGACUUUGCCGUUUCCAAAAACAAGCACCUGAACCUUGCCAAAGACGUCGAGGGUGUGAAGCUCGAAUUUAUCUGGGACCCAUGGCUCAACUCCACCGCCCUUUUCAGCCAAUUGGCUCGAUUCCGGGAACGUCCUGGCUCUGCAGAUUACGAGAAACUCGUCCGCAAGGAGGGCAAAGACUCGGCCGCCCUCAUUGUUGUUGGUACACCAGGUCUCUGGGCGGCUCGCCAGGGCGGUGAUCGGUACUUGGAGCUCUUCAGAGAAGGCAUCAACAACCUGAUGCCGUACCUGCAUCGUGAUUUUGAUCACUUGGUGGUGCUGCCCAAGAGCAAGUCGCAGUCGGCAUUCGAAGAGCUCUCCAACCAUGUGCUUGUCGCACCCGUGCCUAUCCCAGCGUAUGACAAGCUAUUGACGUCCCGGGCAAGAACAAUCACGCCCGAGAAGAUAGACGCCAUGAACUGGAAUCUGGACAAUUUUGAGCCGGCGGAACGAACACAUGUCAUCGAGAGCUACAAUGCAAUGCUGGAUAGCCACGACGAUGCUCUUCUUGACGACGGGCUGCAUGCUGUAGACAUUGUGGCCGAACGGAAACUCGACGUUAUUUUGAACGCUCACUGCAACUCUGGAUUGGUCAGAAAUGGAUACGCAAACCAGAUCACUUGUUGCGCCCCCUACCCGUCCCUGUCCGGGGUUCAGGUGCUGCUUCUUGGACUCAGUAUUCUAGCGCUGCCUAUCCUAUUUCUGGACCGGAGACAGGACGCUUUCCCUUCCGCUCGUACGCCGCAGGUCAUGGACUCUCUGCUUGCCGCAGCCACCCUCGUCGCCAUUGCUGUUUACUGCCUGCUCGCCGACCGCACUCACCUCUUGAUCAAGCAUGAUAAGCAUUUCGACGUGCCCGACUUUAUCUUGCCUGUCAUUGGUCUGGCAAUUCUCGCAGGCCUCUCCCUUCGGUCAAGACCGCCUGUUCUGUCUUCCGCAAAAGGUCUCACGACGACUUCAUUUCUGUCCCGUGAACAAACCGACGAGUGGAAGGGUUGGAUGCAGGCGUUCAUUCUGCUAUACAACUACCACGCUGCAUCCGAGUCACUCGCGAUGUACAAGGUGCACAAGUUCCUAGUGGCGACUUACAUCUUUCUGUCCUGCUAUGGCCACACAAGCUACUUUCUCCGUACAGAGGACUUCACAUUAAGACGGGCAACGUAUGUGCUGGUCCGGCUCAACCUUCUCAGCUGCAUUCUAGGCCUCGCGACGUCCAGCGAAUGGAUCAUCUACUCGGCGCCGCUCAUGACGUUUUGGUUCGGUGUAACAUUCGCAUCGCUGGCUUGCUUCAAAACGCUCAACAACAACCCUGUCGCCUUCUUUCUCAAGAUUGUGGUCUUCGCAACCUGCACGACCUUCCUGGUCCGAAGCACACACCUCCCGGAGACGUUCUUGAGGGUUCUCAAGUCAACCAGCGGCAUUCAUUGGAACGUGGAUAUGCUGCGGUCGCAUUUCGCGUUGAAUCGCUUCGUGCCGUACUUUGGCAUACUCACAGCUGCAGCUGCCCAUCGAAUUUCCGUUCUUCGCUGCCGUCAGCACGGCAUCAACGCUCGCGCGCCAUUCGAAAGAGCCAACGACGCCUUUGAUCGGGGGAUUUUGGAGGUUGCGUAUCCCGAGAGAGACGCGAUUCCGGUGAAGCCGAUAAUGAUAUGCUUUGCGAUUGCCUAUCUCGUCGUAUUCAUCAUCUUGGCAUUUGCGGCGGACGUCUACCACAACAACGACUCCUACAACGCUUUUCACCCAUACACCAGUCCUUGGUUUGUCCUGUCAGCAGUCAUCACGCGCAACUCCUUCAAAGCACUGCGUGAACUUCACGUUCCACUGGGUGCAACUCUUGGACGGUUGUCCCUCGAGGCGUACGUUCUUCACCACCACAUCUGGUUAGCCAGCGAUGGCGCCGGGGUGUUAAGAAUCGGGCGCCCGGGCUACCUCCCGAGGUCGCUUGAAGUAGUAAUAAUCGCAGCUAUAUUCCUCUGGGCGUGCGCUAAGAGCCACAGUGCCACUCGACGUAUUGCCUGCAGCAUGACAGGUACUGAGAGCCAGGAGGAAUCUGAGGACGUCACUCUGGGUCGACCCGUUAGGGACGGUAAGAAGAGUCCUAUUCCGUGGCAGCCCGCAGUGGCAGACGACAAAGCAGCAGAGAAGGCGGCAGGGAGUGUGAAGCAGAGCGGCACCUCUGUUUCGAACGGCGCUUUGAGGCUUCGGGUUGUGGGAUUAUUGGCGGUGCUGUGGUUGGGAAACGCGAUCUCACUUGCUGCUGCUGCCCCAGCAACUGCACCCGCGCAAGACGCCAAAGCCGCAGACAAGGGCGCGCAAAAGCAGGACCAGAACAAGGACCAAAACAAGAACAACAAGAAUAACAAUAAUGGAAAGACCAACAACAACAACAACAACAACAACAACAACAACAACAACAACAACAACAACAACAACAACAACAACAACAACAACAACAACAACAACAACAACAACAACAACAGCAAUAACAAGAACAACGGAGACGUGACGAUUAUACAAAACAUCAUCAAGCCCAACAUCAUCGUCGUGCAGGAGAACCUCGACAAGAUCAACCAGCUCCAGCGCCAGAACGAGAGGGAGUUGGCGUUGCUGGUACAGUCCCAGCUUGCUCUUGCGACGCAACUGCAGGCUGUCAAGGACAACAUUCGCAUCAACCACUUCAAGGCGCAGUUUCCCCAAGCGAACACCAUCAUCGUGACCGUCACUGGCGUCGUUGACAACCGCCAAGGUGGAGGACAGAACAAGCGAUACCUCGUGAACCAGCUCCUCGCCGACAAUGGCAAGCCGGGACAGCAAGCCUUGGUAAUGGUCAAUGACCCGACACCCAUGGACAUCUCAACGCAACAGGCGGCAUCUUCGCAAUCCGACACUUUCGGGGCUGCCCGCGUCGCACUCGACUCUGCCUCUGAUGCCGUGUCGAACAACACCGACGGUGUCCAAGCCGCCGCCGCUCCCACUCCAGGAGCCGACGAAAGCGACACCACCCUCAAGCUUGCUGCGUUCGACCAGGCCGCUCCGUUUGGACAAGUCGGCCAGAGCAUCAUCCUUCCCGCGGGCACGCAAGCUCCUCAACUGGCCGCGUCAGUUCCAGACCCCGCCGCCAUCAUUCUGCCGAAUCAGGCCGGUCUCUUCGUUUCCAACGCAGCUACUUUCCUAACAGACUGCGCCUCGACCGCCGCCAAUGCUGCUGCCGGCAAUCCUGCACUCGCUGGAGCUGCUUUGAACAUCUUCUCCUCGUUCCAGCAGAUCGCUGCCGCACAGCUUGCGGGUCUGUCGGGUCUGGGCAUCUUUAACAACGCCGGACAGGUGCAGGGACAGCCUCUGGGUGCUAUUGCCGUUGGUGCCAACCAGCCGGCUGCGGCCGCUCCUCCUGCCGUCGCUCCUCCAGCCCAGGGAGGAUCUCUUGGUGCCAUUGCCGUCGGCGCAAACCAGGGCCAGCCAGCCGCGGCGCCUCAGCCUCCGGCCGCGGUUCUCGCCGGGGCUAACCAAGCGCAACCUGCUGCUGCUUCCCCACCGCCGCCUCAGGGAAGCUCGGGAUCAGGUGUGGUAAUCGUGGGAUCGAGCCCGGGAGGAGCUCCAGCACCAGCUGCUCAGCCUGCGGCGCAACCUGCGGCGCAACCCCCUGCGGCCGUUCUCGACGGGGCGAAUCAGGCGCCCGCAAAUCCACCAGCUGUGGCCCCGGCUCCGGCCCCGGCAGCAUAG